AAGGAAAAAGUGAUGGCUAUGACCUUGUGAAAAUCCAUUGCAAUCAACGCCUGUUCCUGGUUCACGCAUUCUAGCCAAUGUCAGUUCCUUUAGAACCCUGGAUUCUGAACCUUCCAUUCUCAUCAAAUUCUCAUACAUCCCAUCCAUGUUAUGGCUUCAGACUACAGAAAGUCCAGCUCAAGCCUAUAGUUGCUCUUGCUCCCCCUGUCUCUCCCGCCAAGACCUGUCAUUGCUCUACCGAAACUCAAGACCACUCUCUUUCUACUGCACAACAACCUAACCUCAAUCCCGUCAAUGCUCCUGAUAGCCGUAAAGAUCGCAGGAAAGCGGUUAGAGUUGCUUGGGAGAAACUUGUCAGGUGGUCACGGACUUGGCGUUCCAAGGCCAAGACCGAUGUUCUCGAGCGGACUAAAAAGGUUGUGGUACUUGGUGGAGGUUCUUUCGGUACGGCAAUGGCUGCUCAUAUUGCAGCCAAAAAGGCAGAACUGGAAGUUAAGAUGCUUGUGCGAGAUCCUCAUGUUUGCCAGUCUAUAAACAAGACCCACUAUAAUUACAAGUACUUCCCAGAAGACAAGCUACCGGAAAAUGUUUUUGCAACAACUGAUGCCAAAGCUGCUUUGCUCGGUGCUGACUUUUGUCUACAUGCAGUCCCUGUGCAGUUCAGUUCAUCUUUUCUUGAGGGCAUCUCAGAGCAUGUUGAUCCAAAUCUGCCAUUCAUAUCCCUUAGCAAAGGUUUGGAGCUCAAUACAUUAAGGAUGAUGUCUCAGAUUAUCCCACAAGCACUUGGGAACCCUCGCCAACCUUUUAUUGCGCUGUCAGGGCCUUCUUUUGCAUUGGAAUUAAUGAGGAAAUUACCCACAGCAAUGGUGGUGGCAUCUAAAGAUAAAAAUCUAGCAUCUGCUGCACAGCAACUAUUAGCUUCUCAGCAUCUAAGAAUCAGCACUUCGAGUGAUGUUACAGGGGUAGAAAUAGCGGGUGCACUCAAGAAUGUGCUUGCAAUUGCAGCGGGGAUUGUAGAGGGUAUGAAUCUUGGAAAUAAUUCUAUGGCCGCUCUUGUUGCACAAGGUUGUUCAGAGAUACGAUGGUUAGCAACAAAGAUGGGUGCGAAGUCAACAACAAUUACUGGUCUCUCGGGAACUGGCGAUAUAAUGCUUACAUGCUUUGUCAAUCUUUCAAGAAACAGAACAGUUGGGGUCCGUCUUGGAUCAGGGGAGAAGCUAGAUGACAUAUUAAGUUCCAUUAAUCAGGUUGCUGAAGGUGUGUCAACAGCUGGGGCUGUUAUUGCUCUGGCCCAGAAAUAUAAUGUGAAGAUGCCAGUCUUGACUGCAGUUGCUCGCAUCAUUGACAAUGAACUGACACCAAAGAAAGCUGUUCUUGAGCUGAUGAACCUUCCUCAGGUUGAAGAAGUGUAAGAUCUACUAGGUUCAGCAAGAUCAGAACAAGUUUCAUGGGUAGGGUUUCAUAAUCAGGAUUAUCAGCUGAAUCCUUGGCUGGGUCCAUUCUUAUCAAGAAAGGAAUAUUCUUUCUAUAUGUUCACUUAUUCUUUUGCCCUUGGCUGGUUAUGAGAGGAAUUUUGCAAAUUAUAGUUUCUAUUGUAGAAAUUCUCCCAGAAAGAAGAAAACCUGAUAGAUGCAUUGUUGGAAUGUAAAGGUAUUUUCUUUCAUGAGAAUCAUUAAUUUGAUUGAGGUUA